GAUGGGUAGCCUCAAUGUUAAUCGCAAUGUUAGCGAUGCUUUCUAUCGCUAUAAAAUGCCCAGAAUUCAAGCCAAAGUCGAGGGCAAAGGAAAUGGCAUAAAAACUGUCAUUGUUAAUAUGGUUGAAGUGGCGAAAGCCAUUGGUAGACCGGCCACUUAUCCGACCAAAUACUUUGGAUGUGAACUCGGUGCACAAACUCAGUUUGACUUUAAGAAUGAGAGAUUUAUCGUUAAUGGUUCGCAUGAUGCGACCAAAUUGCAAGAUCUACUCGAUGGUUUUAUUCGAAAAUAUGUCCUAUGUCCAUCUUGUGACAAUCCUGAGACUGAACUUUUGGUUAGCGCAAAGAAAGGCACCAUCUCACAGGGCUGUAAAGCAUGCGGUCAUCAUGGAUUACUCGAGACAAAUCACAAGCUCAACACUUAUAUUCUGAAAAAUCCUCCUAGUUUGAAUCCUGCAGCUCAAGGCAGUUCACUCACUGAGGGUAAACGUGGCAAACGUUCCAAGAAAAAUGGUGACGUAAAUGGCGAUCGUCCUCCAUCACCUGAAAAUGAAACAAAUACAACGGACAUUGUUGUGGAGGCACCAGUGAAAAUGGCAAGCGAAGAUGACGAUUAUUCAAAUUGGGCGGUGGAUGUUUCCGAGGAGGCAGUACGUGCACGUUUACAAGAUUUAACCGAUGGCGCAAAAGGUAUGACCAUAAGUGAUGAUCUCGAAAAGACUGAAAAGGAACGUAUGGAUAUAUUUUAUAAAUUGGUGAAAUGUCGUCGUGACGCUGGUCAAUUGGAUAAUCCAAAGGAACUUGUGUCUGAGGCUGAACGUCUUGAAAUAAAGACAAAAGCACCAUUGGUACUUGCAGAAUUACUUUUCGAUCAGGGUAUUGCUGCUCAAAUAAAAAAACAUCGCUUAUUAUUGCUUCGCUUUACACAUGGCGAUACAAAGGCACAAAAAUAUCUUCUUAGAGGAAUCGAACAGAUUAUUGCUUUACAUAAGGAUGUAUUGAUGCCGAAGGUGCCUGGAAUUUUUAAACUGUUUUAUGAUUCUGAUAUCUUGGAGGAAAAAGCUUUCUUGGAGUGGGAGAGUAAAGUCAGCAAGAAGAAUGUUUCAAAGGACUUGUCACAGGAAAUUCAUGAUAAGGCUGCGCCGUUUAUCACUUGGUUGAAAGAAGCUGAGGAAGAAGAAUCCGAGUCAGAUGAAGAAGACGAUGAUCUAGAGAUUGAGUACGACGAUAGAGCAAAACAGCCUCUGAAACAGCAACAACAGCAAACUGUAAAGCCGCCCGUUCAAAAUGACUCCGACGGGGGAGAAGAUUUAGACAUCGAUAACAUUUAAAAGAAAAAAAAAAAAAAGGAAAUUUAUCUAUAAUCAGCAACACAAAAAACCAGAUCACUAUUAUGACGACCAUGAUCAUUUUUAAUAGGAUAAAAAGGAAUCACAAUAAGCUGACAGUUAAUGUAGAUUUUUCUUAUAUUAAAUCGUAAACCGAUAAUCGUUUGAAACGCCAUCGGUCUUACACGCAAUACAUACAUAUUCAAAACAAAAGGAAAAAAAAAAAAUUUUUAAACUAUAUCCAAUUUUAGCAAGCCUCUUGUACGGUGAUAUUUUUAAUUACAUUUUUAUCUUUAUUUUUUUUGUGAAUUCUUGAUUCUUUUUUUUUUAUAAUGAAUUAAUUAUUUUCAAAUGAUUAAUAAAUGUUUCUUUUUCCCUUAUUCUUCUUCUCCUCCCCCGUGUCCACUAUUCCCAGUUUCUUUAAUCUAGGCAAAAUAUCCCUUUUCUUCAAAAUAUUGUUAUAGUAUUUUUUUUCUUUUUCUUUUGAAAAGGUGGCCUGCUAAAAGCGUUCUCUAUUGUAUCUAUUUACUAUUCUAAUGAUAAUUCAAUAAAAUAUGGUUUAUCACAUUA